AAAAAUAAAUUAAAAUGUGUUUUGAAUAAAUAUAUUAACAAGAAGACAAUAAACAAGAAAGAAAGAAAUAAAUUAAGCGAUGCGUUUACUUUUCCUAACAAAUCGUGCAAAUGCCUUGCGUGCGCGUAUAAGUAAUACAUUUACACUGCCGGAACGUUUCAAAGGAACUGUCGUUGAAAAAUGGGCAAAAUAUUGGACAGGUUUAGUACGUGAUUAUAAAGAUGUAGGCGUUGAUGUGGUAAAAUUUGGUUAUAAUAAACCACGUAAAGCAUUAGUGAUUACCGGUGCUUCGCUUGGAUUAUAUGCUUGUGUUAAACGUAAUCCGGAUGAGGAAGUAUUUCUGCAACUGUUACGUCAGUGGAACAAUAAACUUAUUUUAGUCUCGCCUACAGAACAGAAUGUGAUAGCAAAAGAAUAUGUACGUGACUUAGAAUUGGUCCUCAAUCGAAAUACAUUGCGCACAUUGUCUUUGGGAUUCUGUACCUUGCUAUGGGUGGACUUGUACUCUAAAGAUGAUUGCACUUACAAAGCAAUUUGUGAAUACACUGGAGUCGAUUACCUGAAAUUUUAUCAAUAUAUUAUUGAUAUAGGCUUUUGGAAUCGUUAUUGGCGUUUAGAUUGGAAAAUGCGUAAUUUUGAUAUAAAUUAUUUAUAGUUGUAUUAAAUUAUAUAAA